AUGUCGCGUGCCAUCCAUGAGCCUGAUAUAGGCGCGCCGCCCAAUGAAUAUACCUCACUAAUCCCCGAACCGACCCAAAAUCCUACCACAUGGAGCGAAAUUGAGGCUCAACGAAAAUGGACGGCUCCGGCCAAAUCGUUGUUCGCAGAGUGCUGGCAAUUAUUGAAGGACUCUUUGCCCGUGAUAUUCGGAUAUACAUUGCAAAUGAGUCUACAAACGUCCACGGCGAUUGUUAUAGGACAAUCAUCCCCCAUGAACCUGGCCGUCGCAGCUUUUGCACAGAUGUUUGCGCUGGUGACUGGAUGGAUGAUUGCUCUGGGAGGAACAACCGCCCUCGAUACUAUUGCUUCCUCAACCUUUACAGGGAGUGAGGAUAAACACGACCUUGGAAUUCUGCUGCAGCGAGCCCUAUUCGUUUUGUCAAUGUUCUUUGUCCCGGUCGCCAUUCUCUGGGCAUGCUCCGAUUCUGUCUUCCGGGCUCUUGGUCAAGACCCGGAGCUUUCCUACCUGAGCUCACAGUAUCUGACCGUACUGAUUCCAGGGGGGCUGGGGUAUAUUUUUUUUGAAGUCAUGAAGAAGUACUUGCAGGCGCAAGGAAUCACGAGAGCCGGAACGUACGUGAUGUUGAUUGUCUUACCGUGCCACAUCGGAAUGACUUAUGUAUUCUGUUAUACACUCAAAAUUGGUCUUCUCGGUGCCCCUCUAGCUUCCGAUAUCUCCUACUGGUUCGCAUUUGCUUUAUUGGUCUUACACAGCAAAUUCAUCGCUGGGUCCGAGUGCUGGGGCGGGUGGUCAUGGGCGGCUUUCGACAACACGUGGACGUUCGUGCGAUUGUCACUCCUGGGUAUUAUGCACAUCGGCACGGAGUGGUUGGCCUUUGAGAUUGUAGCAUUGGCAGCAGGACGUCUCGGGACGAUCGCCCUAGCAGCCCAGAGCGUGAUCAUGACUGCUGAUUCCGUGAUGAAUACAAUCCCCUUCGGUCUCGGUGUGGCAACGUCAUCCCGCAUCGGCAAUCUGCUCGGAGCCCGCAAUGCAAAGGGGGCGGCACGCACGGCUCAUAUUUCGGCUUUUCUAGCGAUCUUUCUGGGAUCGAUUGUUUUGGCAGUGUUGAUGGGAAGCCGCGAUCACUUUGCCAAAAUCUUCAACGAUGAUCCGCGAGUGGCGGAGCUGGUAUCGGAAAUCAUGCCACUGGUUGCUCUAUUCCAGAUUGCAGAUGGAAUCAAUGGAAGUUGUGGUGGCAGUCUGCGUGGCAUGGGUCGACAGCAUAUUGGCGCUGUCGUGAAUAUUGUCAGCUACUAUCUCUUUGCCCUGCCGCUGGGGAUUUACCUUGCUUUCCAUGGCUGGGGACUAAAAGGCCUCUGGGUUGGCCAGUGUGUUGCACUAUACUGCGUUGGAGUUGUGCAGUGGAUCAUUGUUGCUAUUAGUCGAUGGGACAAGGAGGUCAUUAAGGCAUUCGACCGUAUGGAUACUCAUGAUGACCUCGGCACCUAG